AUGAAUUCUCAAGAAAUUUCUGAAUUUUUAAAUUCGAGUUUUGCAAGUUCACUUAAUGAUUUGUCUACUGAUCAAAACAGAGUAAUAUGCAGUACUCCUAUACCGAAUGACACGAUCGACGAUUCUUCUGUUGUUUCGUUUCCUUCUACUUCUGGAUCUACGAUAAAUCAAUCUUUGAUUCAUCCAUUUAUGAGAAACAAUUCUAAAAAUGCUGUUAAACGAAAAUUAACCCACGAUACUGGAGAAUAUAUUUUGUUGCCUCGUGAAGGAAAAAGUGACACGUGGAAAAAAUUUCAAAAUGUUAUGCAAAUCGUUCAAAAUAUCGACAACCCUGAUGCUCCCGAACAAAUUUUAACAGAAUAUGUUGCUUGUAUAAAUUGCAAGGAACUCUACGGGAAUAAAUCAGCGACAGCUACACUUAAUAGACACAAAUGCAGUUUAGAUAAAGGUUUGCAAAGAUCUAUUGAUAUAUUUAUUGAAGAGAAAAGUAAAAAACAAAAAAUAAUACCAAAAGAAUUAAAGAUAAAAGCAAUUGAAAAAUGCGUUGAAUUUUGUUGUAUGGAUAUAAGACCAAUGUCCGCAAUUGAAGGUGAAGGUUUGAAGAAUUUGUGUCAGUUUUUAUUAGACACUGGUAGAAAGUAUGGACCAAUUGACAUUUCGGACCUUUUGCCUCACCCGACUACCAUAUCAAGACACGUUGAAAAAAGUACUAAAGAAAUCAGAAACAAACUUUUUAAAGAUCUAUUUUUUAUUAUAAACAAAAAAUAUUGUGCUUCAACCUGUGAUAUGUGGACUGAUAAUUAUCGUAAGAAUAGUUACAUGUCGGUAACUCUGCAUUACAUAGAUGAUAAUUGGGAAUUAAACUGUCUUCUACUUAAAACUGGUUUAUUUCCAAGUAAUGAAGUAAAAACGGGUGACAAUAUAAAACGUUUCAUGUUGAAUUUUUUUUGUGAAAUAUCUGAUGCAGCAGAUGAGCCAACAUUUGAUUUAAUGUCAAAUAUAACUUUUGUUACCGACCAAGGUUCCAAUAUGUUAACAGCUCUCAGAAAUAACAAUAGACUUAACUGCUGUGCUCAUUUAAUUAAUACUGUAUUAAGAAAUCUGUUUGAUUCGAAAUUUUUGAAUCAUGAAGAAGACGGUAAUAAACUUUUGAAUCCAGUAGUGAUAUUACUAAACGAAUGUAAACAUUUGGUAAAAUUUAUGAAAAGCUCGGGUAAAAAUAGUGAACUUAGUCAAGGACUUGUACAAGAAGUUGAAACGAGGUGGAAUACAAGGCUUUUAAUGUUUCAAUCAGUGAAAAGAGCACUUCCAGAAAUAAUUCAACUAUAUGGAGAACAUUUCAAUCGUAUACAAAAUAUUAAUACAGAAUUACUGGAAAAAAUUACAAUUUUUUUGGAACCAUUUAAAAAAGCAUCUGAUGAACUAGAGGGUGAUAAGUAUCCGACUAUUCAAAAGGUUGUUUUAUACCAACUGUUAUUGAAAAAACAUUUAAAAACAUAUGCUGAACUUCAAGAGGACAUAUUUGAUGCAAAUGAAGAACUUACACCCAACUCAAUAAUGCAAAAAUUAGGAAAACGAGGUUUAGAGUUCAUGGAAUCUAAAUUUAAGUUGGCCGAAGAACACGAGAUUGCCAUUUUUUUAUCGCCAAAAUUUAAAUGUCUAAAAAUGUUUUCAGAACCAGAUAAAUCACGUAUAUUUCAAAAUAUAGGAUUGAAGUUGUUAGAAAUUGAAUUAAAAGAAAAUAUAACUCCAGAAAACCUACACCAGGAACAUAAUGUUACCAUACAAAAAAACACUUCGAAUAGCUCACUAUUUUCAGAAUGGGAAGAUGGUGAAAAUAAUGAAGAUUUAGACAAUAGGCGUAAAUAUGAAAAAGAAUUGGAAGCUUAUAAAAAAGAAAAGUUUGAUGUUAUCGACGACAAUUUGUUAGAUUUUUGGAAGCGUCAAAAUCACAUUUUUCCACAUUUAAGUGUAUUAGCACGACAAAUUUUGGCUAUUCCAGCUAGUAGUGCUAGCAGUGAACGCUCUUUUAGCGUUGCUGGAAGACUAAUCGAAGAGCGUAGAAGUUGUCUGAGUGGUACAAGCGUAGAUUCGAUUUUGUUCUUAAAUAACCAUUUUAAAAAUAAAAAAUGA